CAUUCAAUCCCAGUCGGCAGUUCUCGCACGACAUUCGAACUGUUUAGAGGUGUUUCAGCGGUGUUUCGGUGAACUAGUCGCAUAUUCGUAGUUGCGGAUGAAUGCGAAAAUCGCACGGCGCGCACGUGUCAUAAAGAGUCCACUGCGAGUCUCACGUAAAUAGCUUCAUAAUGACCUGUAGCGGCAUUUGACGGUUAAUUGUCUGCAAGCCAAGCGUCGCCAAAGCGAACUGAACUACUGAGGCUGCAGGUGCAAAAGUAAAAACAAAAGUAAAGAAAACAAAAAAUAUAUAAUAUAACGAAUUCAACAUCUUACCGGACGCCGCCAACUACGAGCACGCACUUUUUGUUGUGUUUUUGUUGUUGUUGCGAACUUCGCGCAUGAAUCUUGCUCGCAUUGCUUGUUGCCCAUGCGCUUUGCGUGAAUUUUUACAACUUCUAAAUUUACAAACAAACUUUACAACAACAAUAAUAUUAACAGCAACGGCAACAACAACAAUAACAGUUAGCUAGCAAGCAACAUUUCCUUGUGCGCGCAAUCAAUUCACCAGCAGUGGGCCAGCCAAUCCAAUUAGCAUCCAAAUGUUCAACAUAACGCCGCCAUUCGACACCUAAACGCCAAACUGUGAAAUCCGAAGCGUUUAGCAAUUUCACAUUCGCUUAAAAUAAUAAUAGAAAAACGCACAAGCACACAUAUAAUUUAAUUAACAGAAGUGAGUAUUUUAUUUAAAAAAGUGCACACACAUUAAUACAUGUGUAUGUGUGUGUGUCUCGAUGAAUUGAGUGAGCUUCGAGUGCAUUAGUGCUGUGGUUGUUGUUGUGUUUUUAUGUGUAGUGAUACGAUGCGAUUGCCAGACGCACGCACAAAAACGCUGCGAAGAAAUGUGGAAAAAUCGUAACAAGCUCUUAAUAUUUCUACUUUGGAUCAUGGAAAUAAGUAUCCAGUUUUACGUCGGCAAUACUCUGUUCCCGCAUACCAGGUCUAACACCGCAACAACGGCAGCUGUGCAGUGAGUCGCCAGAUGCACUGAUCGCGUUGGGUGAAGGCCAUCAGAUGGGAUCUCAUGAGUGUCAGCAUCAAUUUCGUGGGCACCGUUGGAACUGCUCACAAGUCUGGCAGGAAGGUGUCUUCGCGCACGUCAUGUUUGUCGGCUCCCCGGAGGCGGCUUUCACUUAUGCCAUCGCCAGCGCCGGAGCGGCACACUCUGUGACGGCAGCAUGCGCGCGUGGCAAUAUAUCUUUGUGCGGCUGCGACAUGCGUCACAAACCCACCAGUAUGCGACAUGCGGAUGCGGCCAAUCUUGACGCCAGCGGCUCGCAAAUGGGCACGCAAUCGUGGAAGUGGGGCGGCUGUUCGGCCGAUGUCGACUUUGGCAUGAAGUUCACACGCAAGUUUCUCGACGCACGCGAAAUCGAAGGUGACGCGCGCACUCUGAUGAAUCUGCAUAAUAAUCGCGUUGGUCGAAGGUUAGUUAAGAAUCUGCUGAAGACGGAGUGUAAGUGUCAUGGCAUGAGCGGUUCGUGUGCGAUGAAGGCGUGUUGGAAGAGUCUGCCAUCGUUUCGUCAGAUCGGCGAGGUGCUUAUGCGGAAAUACAAAAAAGCCAAACGCGUGCAUGCCGUUAGAGGCAAAAAUGGACUGAAACUAGUAUUAAGCAAUAGGAAGCAUCGUUUCGGUGAUCCAAAGUAUAUGGGACCGGAAUUAAGCAAGAAGGAUCGUGAUCCAAAGCGUAUGGAGCUGGUAUAUCUCCAAGAGUCGCCGGAUUAUUGCGAACGCAAUGUGAAACUGGGCAUACUCGGCACGACUGGUCGUGUUUGCAAUCGUACCUUGACUGGACCUCAAAGCUGUGAUCUAUUGUGCUGUGAGCGUGGCUACAAUACGCGUCAAGUACGGCGAAGAGCAAAGUGUCGUUGUCAGUUUGUCUGGUGCUGCGAUGUGGUCUGUGACGUGUGUGAGGAAAAUUACGAGGAGUUCACGUGUAAAUAAAUUCUUAAAAUAAAUACCAUUUUAGGUUAGGUUUUAUAGGUUUCAUAGUUAAAUACAUUAUAAGUUAAUUAUUUGUUUCUUUGUAAGAUAUUCCCUGUGUGUAUGUUGUAGGUUAUUCGUUCUCUUAAUAUUUCUAUUAAGAUUUGAUGUAUUCUUUUGGAGAUUUGUAUGUACUUAAGAACUUAUGUUAAUUUCGAUAAGCUAAUUUAUUUAUGAAUUUUUAAAAUGAAAAUAAAUGUAUGCGAAAUUUGUAUUUCAUACCGAAUAAAAACGAAAUCAAAAUCGAAAAAAUUUAUAUACUUUCGCCUACACAUAGGGUGUCUACCUUUAGGACCCUUGAUUUGAAAAUAACUGCAAAUUUAUAGGAUAAAAUAUGUCGCUUUACUGAUAUAUUUCCUGCAAUCGGUAAUUACAAGUGCUGGUGAUUGGAAACGCUAAGAAGCAUACUGGGCAUCUCAUGUCAAAUACUGCUUUUUUAUCAUCCCAGUAUUAAAACUCGAAAAUAGUUUUCUUAUUGAUUCAAACAGACAAACAGCAUAGUAAUAUUGUGCAUUCGAGAGACUUUAGCGUCCUGCACAGUAAAUCCAAUUGUUAGCGAACAAAUACUACUUACAACAAUGGAA